CAACAAUCAGCCAACAUCAAGACACAUUCUAUUCAUUCAUCUUACAUCGCCAUGGCUCCCCGGAACGGCUCUCACUUUGACUUUGUUGUGGUCGGAGGCGGUACAGCAGGCAACGUCGUUGCUGGGCGCCUCGCCGAGAAUCCCAAUGUCAGCAUCCUCGUUAUCGAAGCAGGUGUUGACAACCCUCAAGAUGUUCACGAAAUCACCACUCCAUCUUCUGCCAUGACCCUCCGUGGUAGCAAGCACGACUGGGCUUACAAGACCACCAUAGUCAAGCGAGAUGACUACGAGCGUAUCGAGAAGCCGAACACUCGUGGUAAGGCUCUUGGCGGAAGUUCGUCGUUGAACUAUUUCACCUGGGUCCCUGGCUGCAAGCCUACCUUUGAUCGAUGGGAGGAGUAUGGCGGCAAGGAGUGGACCUGGGACCCUCUUGUUCCCUACCUGCGCAAGAGCGCUACCUAUCAUGACGACCUUGGCCUCUAUUCCAAGGACCUUCAGAAGCUUGGUGAAGGUGGCCCUCUGCCGAUUUCCCAUGCUGAACUCCUGGAUGAACUUCAGCCUUUCCGUGAUCGUCUCACUCAGGCCUGGAAAUCUCAGGGCGGAACUCUGACAGAGAAUAUCUACGAUGGUGAGAUGAUUGGCCUCACUCACUGUGUCGACUCGAUUUAUAAGGGUCAGCGAUCUGGAAGCUUCCUUUUCGUCAAGAACAAGCCCAAUAUCACUAUUCUCGCUCAGGUGCACUCGAAAAAGCUCAUCAUUGAUUCAAACCGUCAGUGCAAGGGUGUUAUUGUCAUCGACUCCUCUGGCAACGAACAGAGCUUCUACGCAACCCGCGAAGUCAUCUUGUCCCAAGGUGUAUUUGAGUCUCCCAAACUUCUCAUGCUUAGUGGUAUUGGCCCAGAAGACGAGCUUUCCAAGCACGGAAUCAGGGUCGUCAUCAAUUCUCGCCAUGUAGGCCAGAACCUCCUCGACCAUCCCGGUGUGCCCUUCGUCCUUCAAGUCAAGGAAGGAUAUGGCAUGGACAACCAUCUCCUUCGCACAGGACCCAAGCAUGACGAGGCGGUGAACGCCUUCAACACAAACCGCACUGGUCCCGUUGGAUCUGGUCUUCUAGAGCUGGUUGGCUUUCCCCGAAUCGAUAACUACUUUGAGAAGGACAAGCAGUAUAGGGAGCGAAAGGCCGCCAAUGGUGGCAAAGACCCCUUCUGCCCUGAAGGACAGCCUCACUUCGAGCUUGACUUUGUGGCAAUGUUUGGCAGCGCCUUCCAGUGGCACUACCCGACCCCCAAGUCUGGUUGCUACUUGAGUGUCGUCGUUGACCUGGUCCGUCCUGUUUCCGAUCCUGGUGAGGUGACGCUCAACUCUGCCGAUCCUCUUGUCCAGCCUAACAUCAACCUCAAUUUCUUUGCCGAUGAUCUUGAUAUUAUUGGAAUGAGGGAGGGUAUCCGGUACAGUUACGAUGUUCUUACUAAAGGCGAGGGCUUCAAGGAUAUUGUUGUGGCCGAAUAUCCUUGGGAAAUGCCUCUUGACUCGGAUGAGGAGAUGCACCAUGCUGUUUUAGACCGCUGCCAGACUGCUUUCCAUCCUUGCGGAACUGCCCGUCUUUCGAAGAAUAUUGAGCAGGGUGUCGUUGAUCCUCAGCUCAAGGUCCAUGGCAUCAAGGGUCUGCGUGUCAUUGAUGCUUCUGUCAUUCCUGUCAUCCCGGAUUGUCGCAUUCAGAACUCGGUUUAUAUGGUUGGUGAGAAGGGAGCAGACUUAAUCAAGGCGGAGCACAAGGACUUGUACUAAGCUAUCCGAGGACGAGAUAAUCUUUUUGUCUUUCUAAAUACGGAAUAGACUACUUGCUUCGUUUAAGAUUUGGAAGAGUUGUCGUUCUAAGUGACUAAUUGUCUAGAGAGCAGCUAUUCUAUAGCUUGAGGUUCGGUCUAGGCUGCAUCAAUGUAUUCUUUAUGUUGACCCAGGUACACAUAUCCUGA